GCUUCCACCCUCGAUCGCUCUUCUGUGCGCAAGAGCUCACAUGCAAAUGAGUUCGAUUCAGGAGAAUUUUGUCCCAGGAACAGCGCGUGCGCAAAGAGAAAUCGAAAUCUACACCUUCCCGGCCGGAGGUAACAACUGCUGAAUUUCUGUAGACAAUUUUUCCAGACCAGGAGGAGCAAGCUAACGAAGACGUGGGCCCGGUUGACUUGUAGGGCACACCACACCUCGCACUCGUUAUUGAGCGUGGAGAGUCGCUCUAGGAAGGCUACUGCAAAGAAGACAAAAUGUUUGGUUUCCACAAACCAAAGAUGUAUAGAAGUAUAGAGGGUUGCUGUAUUUGCAGAGCCAAGUCUUCCAGUUCUCGUUUCACUGACAGUAAGCGCUAUGAGAAGGAUUUCCAGAGUUGCUUUGGGUUGCAUGAGACUCGUUCAGGAGACAUCUGUAAUGCCUGUGUGCUUCUGGUGAAAAGAUGGAAAAAGCUACCAGCGGGAUCAAAAAAAAACUGGAAUCAUGUGGUAGAUGCAAGGGCUGGACCCAGUCUAAAGACUACAUUAAAGCCAAAGAAAGUGAAAAGUCUUUCUGGAAGUAGAAUAAAGAGCAACCAGAUCAACAAAUUGCAAAAGGAAUUCAAACGCCACAAUUCUGAUGCUCAUAGCACCACUUCAAGUGCCUCCCCAGCUCAAUCCCCUUGUUACAGUAAUCAAUCUGAUGAUGGCUCAGAUAUGGAGAUCGGCUCUGGGUCUAGCAGAACACCAGUCUUUUCCUUUUUAGAUCUCACAUACUGGAAAAGACAGAAAGUAUGCUGUGGGAUUAUCUACAAAGGGCGUUUUGGGGAAGUUCUAAUAGACACACAUCUAUUCAAGCCCUGUUGUGGAAAUAAGAAAGCAGCUGCAGAAAAACCAGAGGAGCAGGGACCAGAAUCUCUGCCUGUCUCCAAUCAGGAGGAAUGGUGACUCUAAUGUUUCUCAAGAAGGGGGACUGAAAAUUAGUAUAGGAAAGGCAACAAAAUGACCCUCUUUAUUUCACUUGGACACUUGCUAUCCUGCCAAAAGACAAUUUCUAGAAUGGUUUUAAGUGGGUUUUGUUUAUUUGUUUUCAUUUUUUUCUCCACUUCAACAAACUCUGAAGCCAGUGUCUAUCUUACUAAAAAGAUUGUACAUAAUAUUUAAGAUGCUACGUAUUUGAUAGGAAAGCUGAAUGCUGCUGUAAAAUGCUCUUUGAGUUGUUUUUUUUUAAUUCCCUUCUUAAUGAAUGAACAUUGAGGGUGGUAUAGAAGGCAGAGAUGGGAUUUUUUUUGUACAUUAAACAAUAUGUAGUUUAGUCUUUCUCUAUUGAAAAACAGUGAUUAGGCAUUUUUAAGUGAGUGAUAACAUUUGUUUUCCUUUGUGAAGGCAAAUCUGACAGAUCAGUGAAAAGGACUUAAAUACCAGAGAGGCAUUUGAAAACAAUUCUGAAAUGCAAAAGUCUUGCAAAGAUUAUGAUGAUUCAAACCUGUACUACUGAGUGAUUAAGCAGGACAGACUGUACCUUCUAGUGCAGAUAACUUGGAGGAGCUAGCAUUCCUUAAAUUUAAGACAAAGAGAGACCUUUUUUAUGUGUAUUGCUUCCUCCCUUUUUUAGUAGUCUAAGAAAAUAGUAAUUUAUAUGGAAUUGCUAAAAAUAAAGCCACAGGUCCUCCUGGAGAUGUAGCAAGUCUUUGGGAAGAAUGACUAGGCUCUUAUUCUUCCUGUGUCUUACUAUGGAGGCAUCACUGCAUGGGUAGAGAAUACACUGUAUAUACUGAUUAUUAAAAGUAGUGAUCCACCUUAAUGAAACAAUUAUGCAUAUCUGCAGGAUUGUGCAAAACACAAGGGUUAAUGCUUCUGGGCACAUUUCCUAGGGAAUUUCACAUCUGUAAAUAAUUGACAUUUUUCUUCUAUAUUAUAUAUAACUCUUGUCUAUAGGUUGCUUAGUGACUACAUCAAAGACCUGCAUGAUUCAGUUUUAGCUCUGGAUUAUUUCAGUUGACCUUUGUGAAGGUUUCACCUACAUAGGUGGGCAUUUAACUUGUUUUAACCUCUUGGGAUAUACUGCAGUGCACUGCUACAAGUUUGUCCUUUUUUUUUUUUUUUUUUUUUUUAAUGUUUAAUAUUAACUUCCACUAGGAAGGAAAAGGUGUUGGGAUAUAGAAUGGGUUUGUUUUUUGUUUCUAAUUCAAGCUUUCCAAACAUUGCGAUGUUAAGGAUAAAAUAAAUGCUGCACAUGAUGUUCUUCGGUUCUAAAAUGGUUUCAAGAAAAACAUUUCCUGUUUGAAUCCACUGCAUGUUCAUCACACUGACAAAAACCUCUUUGAGAGUGUUCCAAAUUUUGAGGGUAAAAUUCAAUAUAUUCUACCAAAUCGGUGCAGAAAGUGAAGAUAAGAAGAGGAGUGUUUUGUUUAUCUUGUACCAUGAUGUGGUGCUUAUUUUUAAGACUGGAUUUUGUAAGUUUGAUAGUGUAAACGACAUAAGAAUGAGGAGUGAGCCAUUUUUACGGGCCCCCUAUAGUUUUUUAGAUUUCCUCCAUUAGUCAAUACACUCCUCGUUUUGGAGAAAAGGAUACGUACUUCAUAAUCUCCAUGCACAUUACUGUAUGAUAAAAUGGAUAGAUUAUCUGUGUUUUGCUACAGUAUUUGAAGUGCAUGCAUAAGUUCUAGCCAUUGUCAUUUUCUUCCUGAGUUAUUUUGAAAUGGGUUUUUUUGUACAUUUUUAAUGGCUGCAGUAUGGUAGAAUAUACUAUAAUAUAGAUCAUCUCUACUUCUGUAUUUAUUUAUUUAUUGCUGAAUCUCAACCACAGUCAUUUUCACCCUCCUCCACCUAUUCCUUUGCCUGUAGGAUGUAAUGUAUGUAGUCAUGCACUUUGUAUUAAUGUAUUAGAAACCUUCCAAUCUGUUUUGUACUUUUUAUACUGUUCAUAUACUUAUAAUCAAAACUUUUCCUAGGGUAUUGAAUAAAUUUAGUCUUAUUUAGAAAACACAA